GUGAUACGUUCGCUCGUCACCUGACCUGCUUGACAGUCCGCUGCUGGCGCUGCGUCAGCUGAUCUUGGAAUCGUGCUGUCUGCCGGCCGAUCGGGGUUCUCCGGUCUCGCCGCCCGCGCCGCAGCCAUGUCGUUCUUCCCGGAGCUUUACUUCAACGUGGACAAUGGCUACUUGGAGGGACUGGUGCGCGGCUUGAAGGCCGGGGUGCUCAGCCAGGCGGACUACCUCAACCUGGUGCAGUGCGAGACGCUCGAGGACCUGAAGCUGCACCUGCAGAGUACUGACUAUGGCAACUUCCUGGCCAAUGAGGCAUCGCCGCUAACAGUGUCAGUUAUCGAUGACCGGCUCAAAGAGAAGAUGGUGGUGGAGUUCCGCCACAUGAGGAACCACGCCUAUGAGCCACUCGCCAGCUUCCUGGACUUCAUUACUUACAGCUACAUGAUUGACAACGUAAUCCUGCUUAUCACGGGCACGUUGCACCAGCGGUCUAUCGCCGAACUUGUGCCCAAGUGCCACCCACUAGGCAGCUUUGAGCAGAUGGAGGCUGUGAACAUUGCGCAGACACCUGCCGAGCUCUACAAUGCCAUUCUGGUGGACACGCCCCUGGCGGCCUUUUUCCAGGACUGCAUCUCAGAGCAGGACCUUGAUGAGAUGAACAUCGAGAUCAUCCGGAACACACUCUACAAGGCCUACCUGGAGUCCUUCUACAAGUUCUGCACCCUACUGGGCGGGACCACAGCCGAUGCCAUGUGUCCCAUCCUGGAGUUUGAAGCCGACCGACGAGCCUUCAUCAUCACCAUCAACUCCUUCGGCACAGAGCUCUCCAAGGAGGACCGUGCCAAGCUCUUUCCACACUGCGGGAGACUGUACCCAGAGGGUCUGGCCCAGCUGGCUCGGGCUGAUGACUAUGAGCAGGUCAAGAACGUGGCCGACUACUACCCGGAGUAUAAGCUGCUCUUUGAGGGUGCAGGCAGCAACCCCGGAGACAAGACCCUGGAAGACCGAUUCUUCGAGCAUGAGGUGAAACUGAACAAGUUGGCCUUCCUGAACCAGUUCCACUUUGGUGUUUUCUACGCUUUUGUGAAGCUCAAGGAGCAAGAAUGUCGCAACAUCGUAUGGAUUGCCGAGUGCAUUGCCCAGCGCCACCGCGCCAAGAUUGACAACUACAUCCCCAUCUUCUAGCGCCCUGGCCCAAGGCUCCCCACAAGUGUGUGUGUCUGCGUGUGCUGUGACCAAGCCCACAGCUCACAUGCCUGCCCUGGGGGAUAGCACAUUGUCCUAGUGGCUGCCGGUAUUCCUGACCCUCCCUGGGAUGGUUCUUGGGCCUGAAAAGGGGCUGGGCACCUGUUCCCCCUACCAAGGUUGGACCAACUCCCCCCCCCCCCCCAAAAAAAAGGAGGCCCCCUCAGCCCUAUGUUUACAGCCACUGACACGCCUGAGAAGCAUGUGGUCACUUUGUGUGCUUCCCUGAGAACCCCUGGGGCAGUGUGAGCCUCCUCUCCCUUCUGUGGGUCACCCGCAGAGCCAUGGCCCAGGGGAAGGAUAGAGUGUGUCCUUGGGGCAUAGGGGAAAUAGCUCUGCCACCCUGUCCCUCAGCUCUGCCCUCUGAGACAAUAAACUGCCCUCUCUAAGCCUGGC